CUGGCAGGUGACGAGCAAACCAUUAAAGUGGCAUCGAAGAAGGAGAUCAAGAAUGGCGUUAUCAAAUUGAGAAAAGUGCCUCCCAAGCACAGCAAGCCUGGGAACUGGAGGGAUGGCAGCAUUUUAGAGGAAGGAGACAACAAGAACGACAAAGCUUCAUCGACAGCUGUAUCGCCCAGCCCUGUCGUAAACCAGCUGGAAGACGAUGCACGAGAUGCCUUUGCGACUGGCCGGCCGUUGGAGGACAGCCCUGAAUUGCAGCAAUGCAAGCACUGCAAGAAGAACGUUCUGAAAACCGCUGCGACCGCUCAUAUCAACCAAUGUCUAAAGGUCAAGAGGGAGAAGGCGCAGCGUAAAAAAGAGGCGCGUGAGGCGAGGGAAAGAGCCAAAGAAGCUGCCAGGGAGGAAGAGCAACGAAAGGCCGACGAAGCGAACGGGGAUGGCAAGGACGAUGACAGCGAUGAUGCUGAAGGUUCCCCUGGCAAGAAAGGCAAGGCGUCGAAGAAGCCUGGGAAGAAGCCCGACGGUUCUGGGAAGAAGCGAAAGGCAGACGCAGAUUUCGAGAAAGGUCCCAAGGCUAAAAAGAAGAAGGAUGAACCCAAGGCGAAAGCCCCCAAGACUAAAGGUCCUGUUGAUGUCGAACGACAAUGUGGUGUUAUACUUCCAAACGGACAGCCCUGUGCCAGGUCCCUUACUUGCAAGAGUCAUAGUAUGGGUGCUAAACGAGCUGUCGCGGGUAGAUCGCUCCCCUAUGACAUGCUUCUGGCUGCCUACCAGAAGAAGAAUCAGGCGAAGCAACAGAAGGCCGCGUUAGACGCAAAUGCCCCUCUUGAAGACGAGGACGAGAUGAAUAACGGGCCCGUUGACUCAGACGAGGAGGCUGGAGCAGUGAUGAGCGCACUUGCCAACUGGAAACCCCAGCCCGUUAUACCACAGCCGAUUUUCGUACCGAUUAAGCGCCAAUAUCAAUUGGCCAGGCUUCAUGAACAGCUACAAAUGGCUACGAAUGGGGGGCGCAACAAUAUUUUUGCAGUGAAAGGUCUCGACAACACAAGGUUUGUUGAUGUGAACUCGGCGUUUCCCGAGGGAGAAGACGCUCCGGGCGAGCCAGAGAUCAAUAUGGCUGGCUUUGGUACCGCCAGCCGCGUACCGAGCAUUUCAGGGUCCACCGGAACACACCGAAGGCCCUCUGUGGCCAGCAGAGGAUAG